AGUCAGCGGAGCGAAAUUGAAGCUGACAAGACUUUUCUGGCGUUUUGGAAAGGACUGUAAUCUACUGUAGGGGAGAACAGAGCCGCUCAAUCACUGCUGCCGUAAAUAGGAGACGGAAGGGAGUGAGAAAGGAGGCGAAGAGAAAAAGUGCUUGCUGGGGGGGGAGGGGGGGCGGCAUUUUUGGUGGAUGGUAUGAAGCCAGCCAUGGAAACUGCAGCGGAGGAAAAUGCAGAACAAAGCCAAGAGAAAAAAGUGAUCACCAGACCAGAAAUGGAAAUUGGCAGGUACCACUGGAUGUACAGGAGUUCAAGGCCACACCGGUACCAUCAUGUGCCAGCAGUGAGAGGCAAUAUUAGCCCUUUGGGGAUUCAAGGUUGCUUUGAAUGUUGCAUUAAGUGCCUAGGAGGAGUGCCAUAUGCUUCGCUCGUGGCAACCAUUCUCUGCUUCUCGGGGGUAGCGUUGUUUUGCGGCUGCGGCCACGUGGCGCUCACGGGAACUGUGUCUAUCCUCGAGCAGCACUUCUCCACGACUGCCAGUGACCAUGCUUUGCUGAGUGAAGUAAUCCAGCUAAUGCAGUAUGUCAUUUACGGCAUUGCAUCCUUCUUCUUCUUGUAUGGAAUAAUCCUUUUGGCAGAAGGGUUUUAUACAACAAGUGCAGUGAAGGAGCUGCAUGGAGAGUUCAAAACAACAGCCUGUGGUCGCUGCAUCAGUGGAAUGUUUGUUUUCCUCACCUAUGUGCUUGGAGUGGCCUGGCUUGGAGUCUUUGGCUUCUCUGCCGUGCCUGUCUUUAUGUUCUAUAACAUAUGGUCAACCUGCGAAGUCAUCAAAUCUCUUCAGACAAAUGUGACAGUUCCUGGGGACCAGAUCUGUGUGGACAUCAGGCAAUACGGUAUUAUCCCUUGGAAUGCUGUACCUGGCAAAGCCUGUGGGCCCAUCUUAGAGAACAUCUGCAACACAAAUGAGUUCUACAUGUCCUACCACCUCUUCAUUGUGGCCUGUGCUGGAGCUGGUGCCACUGUCAUAGCAUUGAUCCACUUCCUCAUGAUACUGUCUUCUAACUGGGCCUACUUAAAGGAUGCCAGCAAAAUGCAGGCCUACCAAGAUAUCAAAGCAAAAGAAGAGCAGGAGCUUCAGGAUAUCCAGUCUCGGUCAAAAGAGCAACUCAAUUCUUACACAUAAAUGUCUGUCACAGUAAUUCAGCAGAAGAAUUCUGUAGCUCUGACAAAUCAACAAAUAGCUGCUCUGCAGUACAGAUGUGUGUCUACCAAACAAAAUUAGAGAGAAGUGCAAAAACUUCACAUUCCAGCUCCUGGAACACACUCAUAGGGAAUGGGUAAUCUUCCAUCCUUUCACACAGAGAAUGGAGGCUUUAUUCCAGGCAUUUUAAAAGGCAACACUUCACAAUCAGUGACCAAAUUAUUCUCCUCUGAGACGUUCGGUGUUUAUUAUUUGCCACUUCCUACAGCUUGCUGUCCUGCACAAAACGGUGGCAGGCGCUCCGAACCAACCCGCGGGCAGCGAGCAAAUCUCUGUCCAGGCCUUAGGCAGAGGCAGGCGUGGGGCGUGUGACUGAGCCUCUGAGUCCAGUCACCAAACGAAACUCCGCGCCCAGGCUUUGGGGCAGCGCCAGCCCGUGCCACGGCACGGCCGCAGCCCGUCCCGCCUCGCGGCAGGGCCCUCUUUGAACUCGCUCUCGCCCUGGGCCCGGGGAGCAGCCCUCAGCUUUUGUGCCACACUUUUCUAUGACAAAGCAGCCAAGCUCCUGCGCUUGUGGGAGCGUGGAGCACACGUCCCAAGUUUUAGUCCUUUUUAUUAACAGCCCUGUGAUGGAAUGUAGACCCCUGGAUAAUGAUCCCCUCCUUUGAAAAUAAAUGUCAGCUUUGCCUUAAUAUUUAUUUUCUAUAAAUGUCUUUAGCAUUUAUACAGCGGCAGGAGACCAUUAUCCCACACUGGACAUGGAAAGUGUUACCUUCUUAAAAUGACACUGAGCUGACUAUUCCCCAUGAGCGGAUGGGAAGGUUUGCAGAGUUCCACACAAACAAGAGAAAUUACAGCCAUAAAGCAGGAUCUCCACCUUUCUCUAUCUUGGUGCUUAGCAAAUUUCUAGUCAGUGCUUACGUGUUGUCCUUUUUACAGAUCAGUUAGAGCAUUCUGAAAAGGUGGUGUUCAGACACAAAACCCAACAAUGAACAAACUGGUGCCAUUUGAAAAAGUCAUUUCCCAUAGGAGUCUGCCUUCUAAUUAACGGUUUGGGUUUGUUUUUUUUUUUGUUUCAGAAGCAUUCAGUGAUAUCUUGAGUAUUAGUGAUGGUAUAUUUGGUGUUUGUUCUAUAUGAUAUAUAUAUAUAUAUAUAUAUAAAUGUUGGGGGGGGGGAAGCAAAACACAUCAGUCUUGGAAAAAAUGAAAUCCUGGAGUCAUACCCAUGGUCAGCUGCCGUGUGGGGUGAGAGUUCUGACUGUUUGCUGCAUACAAGUUAGAGGCAGCAGAGAUUUCUUCAAGACAGUAUUAAAAGGCAUUAGGGUAGGGGUGGGUAUUCACUUCAGAGAUUCCUUCUUUUUUUUUCCUUACCAUUUUUUUUCCUUUUUUGGUUACAUAUUGAAGUCUAAUUUGACAGUUUCACAAAAGGGGCAAAGUUGAUCAACGUAGAGCAAAUAUGACAACAAUAGCCUAGUGUAUGUUCUUACCUGUUGCAUGAAGGAGACAUUUCUACAGCCAUGCAGGUGACGUUCUAGCCCAGUGUUUGCAUAAGGGUAUAAUGGAGGCAGUGUCUUAAAGCCUAAUUCUUUUCUAAUUCAGUGUAGCUAUGACUGGGAGUUUUUGAAGUUUUGUUUAAGUAGUCCUAAUAUUUUUAUGUAAAGAGCAUUAAAUUUUGCUAUGUAUAAAUUUUUGUAACCUAACAGUGAAUCAAUAUUUUCUAUCAGUGCCAAGGGCUUCCUGUAGUUACAUCCAAGUGGUUAAAAUAAAUAUUUGUAGAUAAUAGACGACACUUGUGUACGCUUAUUUGAACCCAGACCUACAGCUGCUCCAUCCUAGCGCAUCUCUGUGCUUUAUCUCUAUCUGAAAGAGUUAGUUCAACACGUUUUGCUCAGUAGUGCCUACCCCACUUGCUCCUGUAGGGGGAGGGAGGCCCUGUAGGUGUAACGCUUCAGCAUGGUAAGUCAGCGAGUGUUCCUAGCAUGAGGUAGUGGUAGUUGUUCCAGGCCAGCAUAAUGCAACCAGCACUCUCCGUCCCCUUCCGGACAGCGCUGAGGAGGAUUCUCUCAGAAAUUGGGUGAAAGGCAGCGCUGCUGCAAGGCCAAAGUAAGCAGCGUGUAAAAUUAGACCGGCCCCCAUAGCACGGCCUAGCCUAACUGCUAAAAGCAAAGCUUAUUGCUGUCACGCUUCUGGUACAGCCUGUUGCACCGGCAAGUGAAUUCAAGACAGAGCUUCGAUUUUUGCCCCUAAAUUCUGUCAAACUUGGCUUCAUGUUCUUGUAGUUAGGUCAAGAAGAGCAGCCUCAAAGGCAGUGCAAGUUGUAAUAUAUGCUGCCACCCAAAACUACUUCAUUGAUUAAAAAAAAUACUGUAUUUUAUACUGUAAAUAAAGUUUAAUGAUCUUGCCUAUAAUUACCUACAAAAUACAAAGCUUAAAUAAAGAUGAGUUAAAUAGCAUUUUCAUUUGAAUCUCUCC